UCCAUCCAUAAAGAAAUUUAUAAAGGGGUAGAUUUAAGUCUUCUAGUUGAUUUGUUGGAGUCGUAAUAAUUAACAAGUACCCGUUGAAGCAAGGAACCGGCCAUAGCUCACACCAACCCCUUCUUCAAGAAAUUGCAAGGAAGACGACUGAUCCAUUUGGAUGCAUGCGUGGCAGUGGGUAUUAAUUAUUUCGUUGAUUAUAUCACACCCCUCUUUCAUCAUACAAAAUUCACAUUAAUUAUUCACUAAAUUCUGUACUAAUUCAAUUUGCAAAAAAAACAGUAUUUAAUUAUCCGUAGACUUUCUUCCUACUUUUCCCCCCUGGGGUUUGUUGAGCUAGAUUUAAUGUUGAUUUUAUGUCCGGAGGGUUUUGAAAGGUGAGUUUUGGGCCUGAUUUGGUUCAUGUCUACCAACUGUUUGUAAAAAGUCCUCAAAGAAGUUUGGUUAUAAACUCACAAGACUUCAAAAGGGUUUCAAGAUUUUGGUGUCUUUGUUUCAGAUCUUGGUGCUGUUUUGAUGGAGUUUUAGCUGAUCAUCACCAGCAAGAUUCAAAUGUCAAAUGUCAAAUUUCAUGUCACAUCCAUAGAAUAGUCACCUUCUGUUUCGUACUUUCGUUUCUCGUUUCCAAAUGUCGUUCCGUAGUAUAGUGAGGGAUGUAAGGGAUGGGUUCGGGAGCUUAUCGAGGCGGAGUUUCGAUGUGCGGCUCACCGGCCUUCAUAGUCGAGGAAAAUCUCAGGGGUCGGUUAAUGAUUUAAAUUACAAUCAUGCCCCUCUUGUGGUUCAAACCAGUCGUUGGGCUAAUUUGCCUCCCGAGCUCCUUUGUGAUGUGAUUAAGAGGUUGGAAGAAAGUGAAAGCACGUGGCCUGAACGGAAACACGUUGUUGCUUGUGCUGCGGUUUGUAAAUCGUGGAGGAGUAUGUGUAAAGAAAUUGUUGGCACUCCGGAAACGUGCGGGAAGCUUACUUUCCCGGUUUCGUUAAAGCAGCCCGGUCCCCGUGACACUACUAUUCAAUGUUACAUCAAGAGGGAUAAGUCAAACUUGACUUAUCAUCUUUUCUUGUGUCUUAACCCUGCGGCUUUGCUAGUUGAGAACGGGAAGUUCCUGCUCUCCGCUAAAAGAACUCGGAGAACUACUUGCACCGAGUAUGUUAUAUCCAUGGAUGCUGAUCACAUUUCAAGAUCAAGUGGUACUUACGUCGGCAAACUUAGAUCGAAUUUUCUCGGAACAAAGUUCAUAAUAUACGACACACAGCCUCCGCACUCGGGACCCCUUAUACCGGCACCAGGUCGAUCAAGUCGUAGAUUCUAUUCCAAGAAAGUCUCACCAAAGGUGCCCAACGGAAGUUACAACAUUGCCCAUAUAACGUACGAGCUUAACGUGCUUGGUACACGUGGCCCACGUAAGAUGCAUUGCAUCAUGCACUCGAUUCCGACGUCAGCACUCGAGCCAGGCGGCUUUGUUCCCGGUCAGCCGGAGCUCGUUCUUCCUCAUCUGUCUUCGCUUGAAGACUCUUUUCGCAGUAUUUCGUUCUCGAAGUCGCUCGACCGCUCCACCGAGUUCAGCAGCUCGAGGUUUUCCGAAAUCGUGGGCGCCGCCAUAUCAAAAGACGUGCCGGAGAGUGAAAAGUCGAAAAUGCCAUUAGUUUUGAAGAACAAGGCGCCUAGGUGGCAUGAACAGCUUCAGUGUUGGUGUUUGAAUUUUAGGGGACGUGUGACGAUUGCCUCCGUGAAGAACUUCCAGCUGAUUGCCGCCCAACAGCCACCAGCAGCAGCAGCGGCAGCACCACCGUCAUCUGCGGGAACUUCUCAGCCGACUCAAGUGGAGCCGGAUAAAGUUAUCUUGCAGUUUGGAAAAGUGGGGAAAGAUAUGUUCACAAUGGAUUAUCGGUACCCGUUAUCUGCGUUUCAAGCUUUUGCUAUCUGUUUAAGCAGCUUUGACACCAAAUUAGCUUGUGAAUAGAAGGAAAUAAAUAACAGUCAAAGCUAAAAAAAAAAAAAACCAAAAUUUACGUUACUUUGCUAGCAGAAAAAGGAAAUUGUUGUUGCUGUUGUUAUGUUUUGAAGUGAAAAAACUUGAUUAUAAACUCGAAACGUUUUCCAAUGUUGAUGAUAGCGACCCACGAUGAUCAUCUUUA